UUUAUCACCGCGUAGCCUAACCUCAAUUUCAAAUGCGAAUUAGCUGUCGGCAUUUAUAUUACUUCGACAGAAAUUCUUCAUAAAAUGAACGGAAAAUUUUUGAAACUGUGCAUUUUGACAUGUUUAAUAAUAGAGAUAAUUCUCGCGGACAAACCCGCUGGAAAAAAAGCAAAAUCAUGGAAAGACAAGGACAUUCUUGACAUGACUGAUGCGGAUAUGGAAAGGUUGUUAGAUCAGUGGGAGGAAGGCGAUGAUCCACUGGAGCCAGAUGAGUUACCAGAACACUUGCGUCCUGCUCCCAAAAUCGAUAUGACUCAGCUCGAUACUUCUGACCCAGACAAUAUAUUGAGAAUGACCAAACAGGGUAAAGGAGUUAUGAUGUUUGUUGAUGUCAUACCAGAAAAAACUCCCGAAGAAGCAGAAGUUAUAAUGAAAAUAUGGCAAGGCAGUCUCAUGAACAAUCAUAUAAUUGCAGAACGGUAUCCAAUCGAUCAAAAACGCUCAGUAUUUCUAUUCAGAGAAGGUUCUCAAGCGGUAGAUGCCAAACAAUAUUUAUUAGAACAACCAGAAUGUAAACAUAUUACAUUAGAAGGUCAAACCUUUGAGCCAAAACGAACAGCUCCUAACAAGGAGAAAGACAGUAAAAAGAAGAGUAAAAAGCCUGCAAAAACUGAGCUUUGAGAGCUGUCUGAAGAUUGCUUCCAUGACUGGAUAAACAGUGAACGGGAAAUUGAUCGUUCAUUCAAAUCAUUCCUAUGAGCAAAAAAAUUAUGGGAUCGUCAGAAUCAACGAGGAUUUCGAUAGACCGACGAUCACUUUAUUCAAUUAUGACAAAUAUUGGUAACUAAAGAUGUGCCGAAAAACGAGCAGAUAUGUUGUUAAACGAUUUAUUUUGUAAGUAAAAAUAAAAGACUUUCUUCCGUGAA